AUGUCACCAAUGUCACCAAUGUCACCAAGGUCUCCACUACCCAACAAUAACAACAACAACAGUAUAUUCACAAUCGACUGGUUAUCAAAGAGAUACAGUGAACAAGAUAUUAGUGUACAACUUGAUAAUGGACUAAAGGAUACUUGGAAGUUUGGACAGGUACUUCAGCACAUUAUGGCUGACAAGACCUCGCCCGACACUAGCAUAGCAGGAGGUUCAGGUGAUAGUCCCAUUGCGACGGCAACCACUACGCCUAUCAUCAGGAGCAGGAUCGCACUAUCCGCACCUUCAGAGUGGAUCAGUAACAUUCAAGACUCAAACACAUCAGCCGAGUACCGAAUCCCAACAUAUCUCAAGGACAAGGGACCCAAUGACAUGGUCUCCGACCUGCCCCUCGAGUUCCAAAAGGCCACGUCCGUGCGUCUGGUCUUGGAACAGGACGACUGUCCAACGCCGGCUUACCGCGAGCCCAAUGCUGCGAUCGGACAGAUACUGAUGGUGGGCAACGUUGGCACCAACGCUUCAACGUUGCUCUUUUGUACUUCUACCGAACACAAACACAUGGUCGACAAGUUCUGGAGCGAGCACACAAAGGGUGGAGGCGCGAUGAGUGCGAUGGGCGACGAUGGAGAGCAGCCCGUGUCCCUGUCUGUAAACGACUUGCUCGGCUCAGGCAUCCCAUUCUAUCUGGUCGAGCAAAAGGUCGGCGACUUGGUCAUUCUGCCCUCAUGCAGUCUACAUCAGAGCAUUAAUAUGGGCGGCAAGAGUAUCAAGAUGUCUUGGCAGCGUGUAGUCGCUCACUCAUUGUCCAACACAUACGACUACAUGUUGCCAAUGUAUCGCCGCAUGCGUCGACGCGAGACUCUGCCAACCAAGCUCCUGCUCUACUAUGGCCUGAUCGGACGCGUCAACAAGGGCAAGAAGCUUGCGCUCGAGGCGGGCGUCAGUGUGGACCGCGUGAUCAGGUUUGUUCGCGAGACAUUGAUCGUUCACCGCAUGAUGGUCGACGUCAACUGGAACGACCGCAUACACAAUGAGGACUCUGUGGUACGCGCAACCGACAUUGAAUUCAAACAGAUGGAGCUGGGCUCACCAAAUCGCUUCUGCUCAGGCUGCCACGCCUAUAUCUUCAACCGCUGCUACCGCGCACAACAGAUGCAAAACGCACACUUUUGUCAAGAAUGUGUGGCCGAGGGUAAGGACUGCGGCCUGAUCAACGAGCUGGAGCUCUGUAACAUAUUCCUAUCCAACUCGGUUGUCAAUGAUCUGUUGGUCGACUCAAAGAUGGUGCUGCGCGAUCUGCUGAUGAUGGCCAAGCUGUUUGAGUCCAACGACGUGUUUGAGGAGUGCUUCACAUCGAUGAUCUCGCCAUCAAAGGUGUCAAUGGCCACGCUGGCCCAUAGCCAGCUCGCUCUGUCCAAGACUGAGCCAAGGUCCACGUGCCAUCAGUGCAAGCUGCCCAAGCCAAACUCAAAGAUGGCACAGUGCACCAAUCGAUCGACAUGUGGCAAGAUGUAUUGUGGCCAAUGUCUAGCGACACGCUACAACACCGUGUUGAUUGAUUGCCAGAAGACUUCGUGGCUGUGUCUUCACUGCAAGGGUAUGUGUACAUGCAGCACAUGUCUGAAGAAGACCAUGACGCUGCCUAUGGGCGGUAUCGUCGACAGUCCGCUGCUCAAGAAGCGUGGUAGCAUCCAGAUGUUCGAGGCUAACUCCUCGCCACGCAAGUCGAUGCUUGAGGCCGGUUCAUCGCCACGCAAGCCCCUGAGCCUCGAGGCCAACUCCUCGCCACGCAACGCCAACAACUCAUCGCCACGCAAACCACAAGACGAGUACCAGGUGUGCGCUGGCUCGCCAAACCUAUUUGACUAUAGCUACUUCAGUCCAACAUUCACUGGACUGGGCAUGUCUCCCCGCAAGCGCGACUCACCCCUGUGGAAUCAGAUGAUGGGAGCGCGCACCCAGACUGGCAACUAUGUUCAAGCCAAUAUGGUGGUCCAGGUCGGACCAGCACAAGUUGAGUACACUUCGCCCUACAGCGGUAUGGGACUGGAUCUGGACUCAGCCGUGACGUCAGACUACUCGUCACCAUCCACCAUCCACCUUCAGAGCAUGCCACAUUCAAUGAGUAUAACGCCUACUCCGACCUCACCAUCACAGGCCAUCCCCGGCUCACCCUUCCACUACUACACCAACUUCCCCCAGUCACCAAAUAUCCAGUCCAAACUGUUAGAGUCUAAGCCCCUGCCACUGGCGGACAAUAGCAAUCAUAUAUUCAACAACAUCAUAGUUGAUCAAUCAAUCCAGCUGACACAUCAUCAUCAGACCUUUGGCGCACCAGACAUCACCAUGGCACCUCCAAUGGACUAUGAUGGAAAGUACAAUAGCAACAUGUCUCAGCAGCAAGGCAAUGAGCGAGGUGAUGAUGUUAAUGGAGGAUCAUCCUCUAACAACAUAUAUCCUAAUGGAACAGGUGGCGGCGGUGGAGUUGGGCCAACAGGUGGCGGCGGUGGAGGUGGAGAAGACACUCCCAACAAUGGCGGCAACAUCAACAACAACAAUAGUAACAAUAACAACAACAAUAAUAAUAACAACAAUAAUAACAACAGCGGAAACAGUUCAUCAUCAACAUCAACAGAGACUUCAAAGAGCAAAUCUAAGAAGUCCAAGAAGAGAAGAUCAGAGGAGCUCAGCAAGAAGGAGUCCCAACAGAAAUCAAAGAAGGCCUCGCCACCAAUUGUAACAACGCCGAUUGACCCACAGGACGACCAGCGUCCUAAGCUGACCAUGUCAGUUGGCUGUCCGCCUCCACCUAUGCCCUGGUACGAUGGCACUCAGACAGAGUAUGGCGCAAUGAACUCAAAUGUUCCCACACCUACCAACUUUGCUGGCAAUCAACCACCCAGAGGCAUGGUCGGCAGCAAAGAGGCAUUGCCGCCUGGUUCGAUGGUAUGGGCUCGUCUUGGCAACCUCUCACAGUUCUAUCCAGGCAAGAUAUGUUAUCCCAAUGAGAUACCUGGGGUGAUACGAGUUCCAGAUUGCGCAUCCUACGUCUUCUUCUUUGGCGACAACUAUUGUGAUAUGGUCGAGAACAAGAACAUCGUGGCCAUGUCUACUGGCAACGAGUACAGUGCACCAUCCAAGGCAUUUGAGCAGGCGGUCAAAGACGCAGUUGAAUACAAGCGACGAAUGGAUAUCAACAACGCAAGCAGACAGCAGUAUAUAAUGAGUGAUGGGGCCACCAUGACUAUGAACCCAGGCAUCCCAAUGCCACCAAUGCAUUCUCCAUUCCAAACUCCAGAUGCUCAAUCGUAUCCAAUGGUGGGAGGUCAGCCAAUGAUGGGCGCACCUGUGAUGCCCAUGCAUGGACAGGCACUCCAACAACAACUGCAUCAACAGCAACCACACACUGGUCUUGCGCCUGCCGACUUCCAGCAGCAACAUGUGAUGCCUACACAUUCGCAAUCAAUGUCUGGGCCUUUCAGUCAACAGUCGCAAAAGCUUCCAGGACAACACAACCUGAAUGAGAGCAGUGGAGUGGUGAGCACAUCCAACUACUUCUCAUCAAUGUCACUCAAUAGCACUGGUAGUCUGGAGCAGUUUAUGAUGCCAAAAGAAUUGCAACCACAGGCUGUUGUAGGUAACGACGCCUCAAGGUCUACGACAGGUGCAGCACCAGGCAGUGUAGUUGGCAUGUCCAUCCCAAUCAAACAGGAGUCGUCGUCACCAGUUCCAGUCACAUAUCAACAGGACAACAACAACAACAACAACCAGUCCUACUCUCUUCAACACUUUAUGUCUCAUCCCAACAACCACAACACCAACACUGGCAUUGUAACAUUCGCCACACAGCAGCAACAUCAGUCAGUCCAACAACAGCAACAGCAACAGCAACAGCUACAACAGAUGUCAACUAUGGAUGAGACCAAGUCGAAUUCAUUCAUAACAGACUCAUCUAAUGGUGGUGACCUGUUUGACAACAUGUGGAGCUAUCCAGGAUUGGAGUGA